AUAGCGUAAUCUAGCGAUUAGUAGCAUUAACUAACAAAACUGGGAUAUAUUCGUAAUUUUCGGAGUAUAAAAAUGCUCGCGAGAUUAGUUUAGAGUUAGUUGAUUUCUACAACAGUUACGUGAACAACCAACAGCAGCUACAAAAUGGUGUCUUUCGCAGAAGCAACCGAAAAAGCAAAGAACUUCUCAAAGAAGCCCACCGACGCCGAAUUCUUGGAAUUCUACGGUCUCUACAAGCAGGCUACUGUUGGUGAUGUGAACAUUGAGAAGCCAGGCGCUUUGGACUUGAAGAGGAAAGCCAUGUGGGACGCAUGGAACUCACGCAAGGGUCUGUCAAAGGCUGCCGCCGAGGAGGCCUACGUUCAGGUCUACGAGAAAUACGCGCCCAUUUACGCUUAAACGUUUCGUAUAUUAUAAUUAGAUUUCGCUUUGUCAAACACUAUUCAUAUUAAUUUAUAAAUAUCGUUAAAUUUGAUUGCCAUGUAAUAUGGUAAUUUGUGAAUAAAUGUGCAUGUAAAAUAAAUAAAAUAAAAGUUUAAGUUGCAAAUUAUAA